AUGAGCGACGAGGACAAGCAAGAACCCAAAAAGUUCUAUCUCGAACGUGCUGGCAAACGCGCCGAAGUGAACAUCGAACAUCUUCGCAAACCUCAUACGUUUGAGCCUAAAAAACGCCCCGUUGGCGAAAAAUCGUGCCCUUUAACCUUGGGAGGCGAUCACAGACCAACAGCAGAUCCGAAGACGAAAGACCUUUCAAAGGAAGAGAAGUAA